UAUACAAAUUGUACCUACGCGGUUUUGGAAUUUUCAUCAGAGCGACGAAACAUUUUUUUUUUUUUCCAGUAUGUGGACUAACUUUCAUUUUAUUUCGAAGAGGAAAAUUUCGACCGAAUCAACCCAACAAUGUGACGCAGUGCUGGAGGCCGGUUGAUUUCGACAUUUCUCAUUUAAUCGGGGAGUGAAAUCGGCGUCGUGCCCGAGCUUUGCUGCAAGACAACGAUCAGGCUCAUCGUGACAGACGCUCUCUCGCACGUACGACCGCAGCUAACUAUUCCCCCUACAAGCGUUCACCUUCUGAUGUAUGUCCAAAGCACGUACAGUUUUGAACGCGGGAGCACGGGCUCACUAGGUCUUAUUUCAUAGCGGCGGUGAUUGACCGAAGUUGGAAGCAUCAAGCUCGGCUGAGUCAUGAAACCGAAUGUGCACCUCUUUUGUUUAUUGGAAUGACAUCCAGGUUCAGUUGAAGCGCAAGCAACUCACAGUGUAGAUAUACAGCGAACACUGCAAGAAUCGCAAUGUCACCUGGUCACUGCAGGUUACCCACACAGUAAAGCUUUUCGAGUCCUUAAGCAUUUGUGUCAUUGCUAAUACUAUUACUUUACAGGUGUAGCAUCGAAUCGUUCACUGGGGUAAAUUAAGUCUUCCUUUUUGGCGGCUUCUUGUGGCAAGUAAACACUACAUGAAAAUUACAGUAAAUAAACUUUCACAUCUAUCCCUGUCGAACUCCCGUGUCAGAUAUUUCGGUGUACAUCAAAUGGUCCCCGCACACAGUUUUCAACAACCACUGCGCUUGUCGCAGGUGUGGCUUGAGCUCGCUGUCAUGUACAGUAACUUUCUUUACAGCCUCAAGGGUUAAAAAAAUGUUAGCAAGGGACACACUAGAAACCCUUAUUGGCAGCAAAAAUGUUUACUAUGUACCGACGUUCUUAAUGGUGCGAUGUCGAGCCGAUCCGAAGCAGCUCGUGCUCGCCACUUCCGAUAAUAGCACGUAGUCUCUUCCAGCGCAUCCUGUCCAGCGCUCGUUCCUCGCUCGUGCCAAACUCGACGCCUUUCUCACUGCCGCCGUGCACACACGUGCACGUAACGACUUCGCAGACAGACAACCGAACUGCGAUGCGGCCAAGGCGGCCGCCGCUCGGCGCCGUCUCUCCCUAUGCGUGGCUGCCGCCUACCUCGCCAUGAUGUCAGUGGGUCUCAUGUGUGCCUAUUCAUCGCCAGCGCUGCCAGAGAUCCGACAGCGGUUCGGCCUCACUGAGGACGAGGCUACGUGGUUCGGGUCCCUCGUGCUGCCCGGCGCAGUGCUGGGAGGUCUCAUCGGAGGUAACCAACCUGACAACUCGGCAUAUUCAAAGUACAUUCCUCGUUCAAUAGGUACCCGUGCCGGUAUGGAGAUGAAAAAGAACUCUCGUUACUUUUCAGGUCAACUAGUAAACUUAAUGGGGCGCCGGAAGACCAUGGUCACAGUCGCCGUGUGGUUCGUGUCCGGCUGGAUAUGUAUCAUCCUGGCACCGUCGACGCCGUGGCUCUUUGUCGGCCGUUUUCUCACCGGCGGCGGCAUGGGCACGGCGGCGCCGGCUACUUCGGUGUACCUGUCGGAAGUGUCCCCGGCACACCUGCGAGGCCUGCUGAACACGGGUUGCAACCUGCUCAUGGCCGUGGGAAUUCUGAUGGGCUACGUGAUGGGCAAGUGGCUCUAUUACACGUGGCUCGCCGUAGCCUGCCUCGUGCCAGCUUUCGUAUCGGGGGCGGCAUUCGCCCUCUACGUUCAGGAAUCUCCUCGAUGGCUCGUAUUAAAGGGUCGUCGCGGCCAGGCUUUAGAAACGCUGAAGUUCUACAGGGGCCCACUCAUCGGCGAAGAGUUCAGCUCACUGGAGCGCAGCGUUGUCGACAUACCGGGUCUCACGUUGGCCGAGAUGCGAAAACCGAACAUCUACAAACCCUUCUUGUACUCCCUCCUGCCCAUGUUCAUGCAGCAGGCUGGCGCCAUCAACGUCGUGCUCUUUUACGCCAAAGACAUCUUCGACGAGGCCGGGGCGUCCUUGGAGUCCGACAACUGCUCCAUCAUCCUGGGAGGCGUUACCGUGGUAACAUUCUUCGUGGCCACCAUCCUCGCCGACAGAGCUGGACGCAAGGCACUGUUGAUAGCGUCGUCGGUGAUCACCAUGAUCGGUCUUGGACUCCUUGGCCUGUACUUCCACCUGAAGGAGAUGAACGGCGAAGAAUUUUCCAAGCAGUACGGCUGGUUUCCGCUUCUCGCCAUCGGCCUGUACGCCGUGGGACAUUCAUUAGGGCUGGGCCCAUUGCCGUUCGUGCUUCUUGGGGAAAUGAUCCCGCUCAAAGCUAAAGGUGUGGCUUCCAGCAUAUGCACGGCAUUUCUGUUCGCGACCGGAUUUCUGGUGGUCAAGGAGCACUUCGACAUUCAGUACCUUCUAGGAGCAGCCGGCGCGUACUGGCUCUACGGUGCACUGGUCAUGGUUGCGUUCGUGCCCUUUGUCCUGUUUGUGCCAGAGACAAAGGGCAAGAGUCUCGAGGAGAUAGAAAAGCUUUUCAGUGGCAGCGGCUCGGAGCCGGCAGUUUUCUUGAAAGAAGCGGAUGAUGUGCAACUGAGCAGACUCUAGCAUUAUACUAUAUAUAGCUCGCUUUUGACAAUCACACGAUAUAUUAGGCCAUCGCGUGUGGUAGGCAACUUCGUCCUGCCAUUCCUACCACACGGCAUCAUGGUGCAAGUGCCACUGGCUAGGGCUAACCGCUGUAAAUAAAACUGAAUCGUUCUCAUUCUCUAGCUUUCUCAUGGUACUACCAAGAAAAGUGGCGUAAGCAUGAGCGAGCAUCAGCUUUUUAUUGAGGCUCCAAGCAUGCUACAAAUAUCGGUUUUUGAUCUAUUUCAUUAAAAACUGAGCAGGGCAGCAUCGAGAUCCUGCCCGAUCUGACCAGAGCUCCCUCUUUCCAUACUUCCUUGCUCAACAGUACCCGCUUGUCGAGUCUACACAUAUGCUGGUGCUAAACACUGCCGAUUGAGGGAUUCCGUAUAAACUAAAUACAAAUAUUCGCGUACAUAGUGAUAGACGUUGAUGGUGUACACUAGAUGACAGGCAAUAAAAAUGUGUAGAUACAUCUUUACCUCUGUGAGGAACAAAUCGACACAGACUGAGAAUGUACAAAGUGAGAAUAUACCGCAACUGCAAAAACGUUGUUAUUCAGAAAAAUGAGACUGCAGAAUGGCAUGUCUGCACUAAAGCUAAAGUUGACCGUAAAUACUGAUUAGUGAUGUAAUCCGGCACUUUUCGUGUAUUAUUGGCAGGUGCUGUGCAUCUCAAGCAAUAAAGAGGCACGUCCAAGAGGAAGCACUCAUCUGUGUAGGCAGUAUAUGGACACUUGGGCUGGACGUUGCGCCUUCUGCACCUACCAGCACAUAACACAGCUUCAAUGUGAGCUGGUGCGCAACGCCACGCUGUGCAACCAUUCUGCAUCAGUUGCCAGUCUAACGGAUCAUACUAGAUGCAUUUCUUUUUCAAUGAAGUAGGAAAGCAUCGAAUUGUUUUGAAUCUACGUAAUUAUUCGUAGAUCAAACUAGAAGAAUAUUCGGACGUGUCUUCUCGUCCAUUUCACUGGCCACUGGUCACAAGGUUAGUCAAGCGCUGCAAGUGUGGCAUAUACGGUCCAAUUUGCGCAAGCCUGCAGUGGUCGAUAUACUUGCAAUACCCAUCUUUUUCGACGCUCAUAAAAUGACAGACGCGAGCGCGAUCGUGUUCUAGUCUUGUCUAUGAAUGUAUAACAGGCGUCAUGAGCGUGUUAUACGAGCUGCAUACAACCUCUUUAAAAAUUUAAUUAAGAUAGACGCGUCAGCGUGCGCAGACAGGCAGCCUCUGACGAACAACCUACUUAAAAGAAUGGUCAAGGACGACAACUGCAAAGCUUAAAUGAAGUUUGCUAUACCUUUCAUGUCAGCUAUGUGAAAAGCGUAUCGGGCUGUAUUCCCCCUCGGGACAACAUGACAAACUUUUGUCGCUUUACCCAGUCGUACUAAGUAAGUGCGUGUUCUAACGAAAAUAGAGUUCACAAAAAAAUUUAGGCGGCUGCACGUCGGAACAUGCACAGAGAAGUUCCUCGUGACGACUCUCACAGUUCACCGUCAAAGCCGACGCGUGAAUGCUUCAAGGUCCAUCCGCCAUUAGAGACUGCAGGCACGUGAGACUCCACCAAGAAAACUUGCCGAGGUUCACAGACAUCGAUGCAGCAGGCUUUGCCAAUCCUGGGGUAUAACAUCGGGCUAGCUAGUCGUUUUUAAACUUGUAUCCGCCAC